ACCGAGUCAACAGCGCUUCCCUGUUAAAGCUGCUGAGAUGGGAAGCGCCUCUCACUUCUCUCACAGUGCAGGUGAGGACCAGGGCUUAACACCAGCAUGGAAUCCAGGACUAAGAGGACAUGGAUGCUUGUGUAUGGCUUCAUAGGGGUCAUGUGUGUUGACUCGAGCCCGCUCUCUUCACUGAAGUUCACUCGGUCUGAAGUGGGUCUGGAAGCUGUGUUGCCAUGUGAAUGGGGGUCACACAGUGAAGCGUCAUUUGUGACGCCGUAUAUCCAGUGGCAGACUCUCAGCAACAUGGUGUUCGAGCGAAUGGGUCCUGAACAGUUUCAGGCCGAGGCUUACCAAAACCGCGCUGAUGUUCCUGAGGUUGUGCUGGCGAGGGGGAACUGCUCCCUGCAUUUGACUGACAUCCGCUUUAGCGAUGCAGGACUCUACAAGUGUUAUCUGGUGGUUGGGAAGAAGGGCAACAAGAGGAGAAUCUUCAUCCAGAGCGUGCAGCUUUCCGUUCUCGAUCACAAGACCAGUCAGUCUGUGGAACUGGGGAAAGACCUGACCCUUCACCUGUACACACACCAGGCCGAGACUGUGGUGUUCCAGACCUCCAACGGCACCGAGUGGAGAGCACUGUGGCAGAGACAGAAAACGAAGGAGGAUCUCAGCUCUCGGAUGGAGGAGAGCAACGGAAAACUUAUUAUCAGGAACAUGAGCAAGCGUGAUGAAGGACUGUACAAAGUGAUGGACGGUGAAGGACUCGCGCUGAGCACUGUGAAGGUUUCUGUUGAAGAACCUUCUCAACAUGUGAUGCCGAACGUGGUGAAUAAACACACUUCUGUAGAAAGCAGUGUUGGAGUGAACUCUCCUGAUCUCCCUCUUCCCUUUCUCCUUGUCAUGCUCCUGUAUCUCUUGUGACCUUGAGCUCAUGGUGAUGAUGGUGAUGAUGAUGGGGUAGAAUGAGGAGCUGAUCCCUCACGCUGAGUCCUGCAGUGGCUCAGUAACUACAGGGUUAACAGCGCUCUCUCAGGGCAUCAGGGAGCAAGUGCACUAGAGGAAAGCGCUCUAACCCCUCAUGUGCUCCAGAGGUGUUGUGGUGUGAAACGUGUUAAAAUCUUAGAGUUGAUUUGUUUUGUAUUCAAAUCAUACUUAUUUUGCUGAAGUCUGAGAGCUAGAUUACUAUUAAUAUUGACAAGAAUAAAAGCACACUUAUUUAAAGAGUAUUUACAUUUAACAUCUACAAUAAACAUCUCGUUAGAUAAAAGGUUUAUAUCCAAAUUUGUGAAGUGACGUCAAAGCUUUUUGUAGUUUAACAGUUUUAAUGCUCUUUUCGUCAGAUGUGUUACAUUUCUCUUCGUAUUUCUAUAAUUAUACAAAUUUGAGAGAUUAACAAAUAAUGUUAUUCAGAAUCUGAAUCCAAUGCGGUUUAAAAAAAUACUGAUACACGUAGGAGGGGUUAUUUGUUUGUUUAUUUUUAUUUUUUAUUUAUUCAUUAAAAAAAAAAAAAAGCUUGGAAGGUUUAACACAGCAUCUGAUUGAGACUCAACCUCAGAUCCCACAGGAGACAACAGAAGAGUCACAAAAAACAAAAACAAAAUAUGACCUCUUCCAUUUUCAGCCACGCCCACUUUAUACGUUUAGAUCCAGAUAUAUAAAGAGUCCUGCAAGUUUUUAAUGCAAAAUGAAGUGGAAAUGAAUCUCAGGUGAGAUGGAUGGUGAAUAUGUCACACAGGCGACAGCUCUAUAAAAGUGAUGUUAUAAAAAGAACUAAGAAUUUACAUUGAAAUACUCUUCAGAUAAAGUGUGAAAGGAUUUAAUGGGUGUAUAAUGUACAAUAUUCACAAUAUACAAUAUUUCAUAUUUUCAUAUUCACUAUUUCAUAUUUCAUUACCGACACCGCUUUGCCUGCUCCUUUGCGGCAUGUUUACGGGACCUACCGAAAAUCUCAGAGAAAGACCGAACUGUACGGAAACCAGGAAGUCAAGUCCGUGAAAAAUGCAUUUAUAAAUUAAUAUAAAAUAAACUACAAUGCGUAUCAGCAUGGAAAUUAAUAGCUCACUUAAGCACAGCAUG